GCGCAACGAAUGAGCCCCCCAUGGCUGCAGCAGUGGCGCACAGCGCUGUGCAGGCCCUGCUCGAUGCCUGGGAGGCAGAAUCAGACAGCGAGGACGGCCAGGGAAAGCGGGGCACACGAAGCAAAAGGAAGCGCGGCGACCUCGCGGCUUCCACGUGGAUCCAGGAGGACGGCGAGGUGCCCUUGGACUUCAUGUCCGCCGAUGCCGCGCACUCCGUCCUCACGGUGCGGGCACCACCUUCUAAGCGCCUUCGUGGGACACAGGUGGGGGCUGCUGGCGCCGAAAACAAGAUCGACGCCUUGCGCCGAAGCGGCCUCCGCUUCGCCGCGGACGGGCGCCUGGUCGUCGAUGAUGCCGCGGAGGAGAAGGGCAAGGAUGAAGCCCCGCAGUUCACGCACGGCACCGCUUCCAAGCCCAAAGCGCUGUCUCAACUGGCAGCACAGCGCAAGGCGCGUGCUGAGGCGAAAGCCCAGGCGAGAGCAGCAAGGCGGGGUGUGCACGUGAUCAAGGGCAUGGAGUCUUACAAGCCCGGUCGCAAGAGAGCCCAGGGCGACGCCAAGCGAAAGGGUGCCAAGCUGGAGCCCUUCGCCUACGUGCGCCUGAACCCGAAGGUGACCAAGGAGAAGUUCAAGACCAAGGCAACCGAAACCUUCUCGAAGGUCAUCAAGGGAGCCAAGAAGGGAGUCCUGAAGGGAAAAAAGGCACGAGCCCGAGAUCAGAAGAUGAAGCAGGCCAAGGAGGUGAAGAAAAAGAAGCAAGCGCGCCGGCAGCAGGUGCGCAGGACGGCAGCACGCUGA